AUGGCGUCAAUGAAACAGGAAUCCAAUUAUAGUAGUAGUAAUUACGGCGAGGACGCCGCCGCCCGCCAGGCGAAUGUCCUUGCCAGCUGCUACCUCGUUGACUCCUCGGCCUCGCUCCGGGGCCUCCACUACUGCACCACGAGCGGGCAGAGUGGUAUUCCUGAGGUCCCUUCCUCAGGACUACCGUCGCCACCAACAAGUCCCCCCCUCGCAGCCAUAACGUCGGACAACGAGCUCGCCCUGACCCACAAGUCAUCCAAGAGGCAGCGCUCCGCGACGACGACCAACGCCGGCCCUGGUGGCGCCGGCAGGAACAACAACGCUAGGCAGCGAAGGGGGGCGACAUCACGCAUCAGGGAAGAAUGUGAGAGGUUCUUUUGCGAGACCAUGCGUGCCGUGUUCCGGGAUGAGCGGAACUCGGCAACGCGCGGCUCCGGCCUGACGGGUGUCUAUGAUAAUCAUCACCACUACCACCACCAACAACACUACGACAGUCACUAUUCCGACAACGGGCAGCUCAGCACCCCGCCGCCGAACGACUACCCGUUCCCCGACCAGGAUCGGCUCGUCGGCGGCCACUGCGCCGGUGACGCCAACGUCGUGGCCUGGAUGGAGAUAUGGGACUAUGUCGGCGGUGCCGGCUUCCGUGGGUUCCUGGUCGAGGACGGCAACGGCGAGAAAUCAGCCUUUGUCUUUUUCGACAUGGCCGUGGUUGGCAGGGAUCUGAAGCAGGCGCUCAUUGCGAUUAUGGAGUUGGCCGACGGGCCGCUUGACUGCUCCAAGGUCGUCAUCGCCAUCGACCGCGAGAUACCGGUGAGCGAGUCCAAGAGUCUUAUGAGGGGUCUGCAGUGGGCCGGCUUCUCGCUGGCCUCGCUCGACAACUAUGCCGGCGGCGCCCUGGACAUUACGAGCCCGAGGUGGCUUUUCAUGGCGCACGAGGACUGA